GGGUGCGGCGUAGCUACCUGGAGCUCGUCAGCUCUAACCACCAUUCGGUGCAGGCCCUCUCCUGGAGGAAGCUCUACCUGAGCAGGGCGAAGCUUAAGGCCUCCAGCAGGACCUCAGCGCUCCUUUCCGGCUUUGCGAUGCUCCAGACUGGAGGGAAAUUCAAGCAAGGCAACUUCCUUGCAACUGCUACCAAGAGUUUUGAAUGAAGACGGACACCGGGAAGGAUUUUUGGCGUUCAGUGAAUCAUUCAAUUUGUCAUUUAUUUAAUACAAAUGUAUUUUCUAGAGAUGUCAAAUCCUUACUCCAUGGAUUGUUAAUUAACCAUUUGUUUGUGCCAUUGCAAUUUUUCAUUAUUACAAUCAUGCAUCUUCAUUAACCCCCUGUCUUGUAUUUUAUUCUUUUUCACUUGACAUCAUGAUAACUCCUUAAUUCUUACACAUGUAUUAUCCAACUACCGUUUUUUUCCGUGUAUAGUGCGCCCCCAUGUAUAGUACGCACCCUAAAAAUGGCAUGCUGAUGCUGGAAAAAAACUUGUACCCAUGUAUAAUACGCACCCAAUUUUUAUGAAUUUUUAAAAAAAAAAAAUUUUUUUUUUUUUUUUUAAGUCCCAAAGAUCGUCACACACGCAGGGAGGCAAUGGGUCCCAUUUUUAUAGUCUUUGGUAUGGUCUUAACUAGGCUGGAUGUCGUUUUUUUUGUUGGCGUUGAUUUCUCCGACUGCCCGUAAACGCACCACCGCGCUCCGUGGGCACACGGGAAAGAGGCGGCUCUGUAUGGGAGAGACGUUGAAGAGGAAUAAAAACACCCUUGGAAACCAAAACUUGCCCCUCGUCGUGACUCGGAGCCGCAACAAAUGUUUCGGAUUUGUGUAGGGUACAUUGUGACAGACGGCAAACUAGCAGGUGAUCGAGCGAGCGUCUGAUACAAGAGCAUUGCGGUCGUAUGGCGCGUGUUUGAAAUGAACAGCAGAGACGAAAGGAACAAGGCAAAGUGUUGUGAAAUAAAAUAUUACCUGUAAUACGCAUUUUGUUAUUUGCUGAUUGAAACUGCUAAUUAAACUGUGAAUUGAAACUAAUAGGUGGAGAACUGAACUCUCGCUCUUUAUAUAGCUGACGUGUCUUGCGCAACCGUUCUGCGCAUCUGUAAUGGCGGCCUCCGUAUGACGUCCGGUCCGCGAUGGAGAUUAAAAAACAAACAAUAUUUGACAAUAACACACCAUCGAGGAUUGCACCAUCGCAUCAAACGAUGUGUCGUCAAUUAUGAAUUUUACUAAGUGUGUUGGGCAGGAUGGCUGAAUGCGAUGCGCGAUUGACAACAAACAAGAAGAAAGGUGAGUUUUAUUUUGGGGGAGAUUUGUCAUGUCUCGUCCCCAGUUUUGCUAUGUGUCUAGGUUGCCAUAGUUUCUGUUCGCGUCACCCCGCUCUUCCUGUGUCACCUCAAUCGAUGUAACGUGUUUUGUAUUUAAGUCCUGUCUGCCCCUCGCUCACCGUUGGAUCAUUGCAUGUGUUACUGUCAUUCUGUUCCUGUCUUUGGUAAUGUCACCCUGUCAUUUUGUUCCACGACUUUGUCCGUCAGUCCUGUUGUUGGUUUUGUUGUACAAUGACUUUCUUUAAAAAAAAAAAAAAAAAAAUUAAAAAAAUUUUUUGUGCCCAUGUAUAAUACGCACCCCAGAUUUUAGGACAAUAAAUUAGUUAAAUAUUGCGCACUAUACACGGAAAAAAACGGUAAUUACCAUGCCAAGUGACCUCUGCAGGUUGGUAAGACAUAUCGCAACAGGGUGGCAAAAAACAAAGACGUGCAACUUUUUCAAGCGACAAAUGCACAACUAUCUCCGAAGAUUUAACAGUGAGUGACAGAAAGCGUCUUUUUCUGGGAAGUGACCAUCGACAGCCACAUGUAUGGCGAACAUCACAGGCAAAUAAAUCGAUGGACUUUGGAGACCCUGAGCCAAGCCACCUUCCAAAUUUGGCCACCCUGCGCAAGGCAAAGCAAGAGAAAAAUGAUUUGGCAUUAGGUGACAAAAAUCCAAUUUUAUCAUUGCAGAUGUUGAAAUACAGUGCACCUCACAGUGACAGCAUCAAAGACAUUGGACUUGACAAGUUCUUCUGUCACUAUUGGAGUCAAACACAAAUGCAUGUGUACAAGAGCUUAAAGAAAUCCCACCCAAUAUUAUGUGUUGAUGCAACUGGCUCAAUAGUUAAAAAACUGAUGAGGCCGAAUGGCAUGUCUGGCCAUAUCUUCCUGUAUCAGGGCGUUAUGACAGGGCAUACCAGCUCCAGUGUCCCAGUUGUGCAGAUGCUGUCAGAGAAGCAUGAUGUUAAUGCUAUCACACAGUGGCUGAAGGAAUGGAUCCAUGCAGGUGCAUCUGUUCCUAAAGAAGCAGUGAGUGACUUUUCUCUGGCGAUUCUUGGAGCUCUAGUCAAAGCUUUUACCCCUCAUCCUGAUCUGAAGAGCUACAUCAAUGAGUGCUUUAACAUUUCACGUGGGAAUCAACCUGGACAUCUACCCCCAUGUUUUGUCAGGGUAGAUGUAGCACACUGCAUUAAGAUGAUCUGCCGAUGGGACUGCCUGAAAAACAAAAGACCUCGUGUUAAGGAUUUCUUUGUUAGGUCAAUAGCACAGCUUCUUAAGUCACAAUGUUUGCAACAUGCAAAAGAACUUCUUCGUGCUAUCACCAUUGUGGCACUGAGUGAGACAGAGGGUAAUGACAAUUCUGGAGCCCCUAUCCCAUCAGAAAAGUGCAAGAAAUACUUGAGAGCGCAAAUCGCAGAGGAAUUUGUCCCCAUUUCAGAUGAGGAAGUUGAGGGACAAGAACCAAGUGAUGGAUUAAAUCAGCACAUCCAGACUAAUGUCCGAGAGUGGGUGACAGAAAUAUGUGAGGAGAGCAGGUCACUUGCCAUGGCUGAUGGGGAUAGAGAUAACAUCCACUUCCUCCCUGAGAUUAUUCCCCAAAUAACAAGACUUGGAAGUUACUUGCCACUCUGGACAGCAAUAAUGGUCCCUCUCUUCAAAAGCGCCAGCAUCACUGCAAGUUCCGCAGCUGUUGAAGCAGAGUUCAAAAACAUAAAAAAAGGCCUUUUCAAGCAUGAAAGCCUACCCAUUCGUGUGGACCGGUUUGUUGCUCGUCAUCUUUCCUUCAUUGAGGGAAACAUGCGGAUUUGCUCUGCAAAACAAAAAAGUGAUGUGUGUGAUGCCACGACCGUCAGAGAGCCUGACAAUGUCAAAGUCAAAGUCAAAGUCAGCUUUAUUGUCAAUCUCUCCACAUGUCACAACACACAGAGACCGAAAUUACGUUUUUCUCUAUCCCACGGUGACGAGACACAUAACACGAUAGACAUACAAUGUCUGCAGUACUUCGCAAACUGAAGUAGUAAACAAAAGGGGAGAAAAAUCUCAUCCUGGAGCGGAGCCAGAUGCAUCUACUGACAGUGCAGUUGAAAACUGGAGAGGUUUAGCGGUCCCACCGAAAAAAAGAAAGAUAACUUCAUAUCUCUCUCCUUGUCCUGAAUGGCUGCAUAUUGACACACAAGUGGGCUGGAAAAAAGUCAAGGUACCAUUGUUGAAAAACGGGAACCAUCAACAGCCUGUUAAACUUCGCACAUCAAAAGUGUUUGUGCUCAAUACUUGUGCAUUUGAUUCUGUCUUGCAAUGCUUAUGCUGUUCUUUCUGUGAAAGUUUUUCAUUUGAAAAGACUGUUCUGAACUAUGAAUGUGGGAACCAAUUCCUCCACCUGGUGAAAACCAUCACAACACAGAGUGUGAACCCACAGGUAUACUCACAGAGGGCAGAACUGCUGGGGGAAAUAUUCAAACCUGACCUCUGGUGCUCUCCAAAUUGAUGCACAAUGCCACAUCUCCACUGUAAUUGAGAGCGCAAUGAGGAAUAUCCCAAGUGUUUAUUUGAUAAAACAAUGCUCCUCACAGUACUGCAGUUUAAGCCACCAAGUAACAAGGCAAGUUUCACUUGUUUGUCCAAACGUUGCUGUCCUGCAGACCUGUGGCAUGGCUUCUCUUCAGACUGCUGCUGAAGAGGGACUCAGCCUUCCUGACUCUCUCUGCCUCAGACCAAUUGAAAAUCCUUCCCAGUGUCCGUCUUCAUUCACAACACAGGACAACAAUACAGGCAAGGCUCUGUGUUCAGGUAAUGUUACUCACAGCUACAAUCUGGGAGAGUUUGUGUGGAUUGACACUGACCUUGGUAGCAGUUGCAAGGAAGUUGCCUUGCUUGAAUUUCCCUCCAGUCUGGAGCUAAAAGAGAAGACCUUUACUUUGAGAGCAGUCAUUGGCUUUGAACCAGGACUGACCCACGAUUCUCUCGGGCAUUAUGUGGCAUACUGCAGGAGGACUGCAUAUGCCUGGGAGAUCUAUAAUGACCUGGGAAGUGGAGUGAAAGCAGCAUCAGUAAAUACUAAGAUCUUCCCACAUGCUGUGUUCUACACAGUGCAGUGAUGCAUUGUUUGAAUUGUUGGAAAAAAAUGUUGAUAAUGUUCCCUUUGACAAAGAAAGUUAUUUUUCCACGUUUUCAAGUUUCUUUUUCUGGCUGUCAUCAACUUCACAUAAAUGUAUUAAUUGUUGCAUUAAUUAAUGUUUUGGAGGGAGCAGACAGACUCAUCAGGGUAUUUAGGUUGCGGUGAACCUUUUGCAUGUCAGAUGUAAUUGAAAAAAAUGAUCACAUAGGCUUAUUGAAAACAAGGAAAUUAAUCAAUGAGCACGAUACAAACAUAAUUACAGAAAUAUCCUCGUACUAAAAGCCAUUCCCCGCAGUGAAAGUUUUCUGUAAGAUAAAAAGAAAAGAAAAAAAGGCUAAGAACAUAUUUACCUUGUAUUCGUCCUGCAUCAGGAGCAUUCCAGGAGCUUGAAAUUCGCAACAAAAUACAGCGACGUGGGGCUGGGUGACAUCUUCGCUAUGAAUUAAAUGUGUAAUAUCUGCAAAACCGUAGCAGCCGGCACAAUCGGGACAAUGUUUGCAGCACAAACGAACGAACGGCACUAUUUUGGGUCGUUUGGAAGUAAACAAGGGGGCGGGGCUACCUGACAUCAUCGCUAUAAAAUAAAUGUUUAAUAUCUCCGAAACGGAAGCAGCACAAACGAAAAUUUUUGCUGCACAAACCUGCACAAACGAAGCACAAACGAACGGUACCAUUUUGGGUCCAUUUGGAGACAGGUGGGGGGCUGGGUGACGUCAUCGCUAUAGAAUAAAUGUCUAAUAUCUCCGAAACGGAAGCAGCACAAACGAAAAUUUUUGCUGCACAAACCAGCACUAACGAAGCACAAACGAACGGUACCAUUUUGGGUCCAUUCUGAGCAGAUGGGGGGGCUGGGUGAACUCUGGAUGACCUAUAAAAGAAUCGUUCAUAACUAAAAAACCAUUGCAGCACAAACGAAAAUUUUUGCUGCACAAACGAAGCACAAACGAACGGUACCAUCUUGGGUCCAUUUGGAGACAGGUGGGGGGCUGGGUGAUGUCAUCGUUAUAAAAUAAAUGUGUAAUAUCUCCGAAACGGAAGCAGCACAAACGAAAAUUUUUGCUGCACAAACCUGCACAAACGAAGCACAAACGAACGGUACCAUUUUGGGUCCAUUUGGAGACAGGUGGGGGGCUGGGUGACGUCAUCGCUAUAGAAUAAAUGUCUAAUAUCUCCGAAACGGAAGCAGCACAAACGAAAAUUUUUGCUGCACAAACCAGCACUAACGAAGCACAAACGAACGGUACCAUUUUGGGUCCAUUCUGAGCAGAUGGGGGGGCUGGGUGAACUCUGGAUGACCUAUAAAAGAAUCGUUCAUAACUAAAAAACCAUCGCAGCACAAACGAAAAUUUUUGCUGCACAAACGAAGCACAAACGAACGGUACCAUCUUGGGUCCAUUUGGAGACAGGUGGGGGGCUGGGUGAUGUCAUCGCUAUAAAAUAAAUGUGUAAUAUCUCCGAAACGGAAGUAGCACAAACAAAAAUUUUUGCUGCACAAACCUGCACAAACGAAGCACAAACGAACGGUACCAUUUUGGGUCCAUUUGGAGACAGGUGGGGGGCUGGGUGACAUCAUCGCUAUAAAAUAAAUGUCUAAUAUCUCCGAAACAGAGGUAGCACAAACGAAUUUUUUUGCUGCACAAACCAGCACUAACGAAGCACAAACGAACGGUACCAUUUUGGGUCCAUUUUGAGCAGAUGGCGGGCUGGGUGAACUCUGGAUGACCUAUAAAAGAAUCGUUCAUAACUAAAAAACCAUAGCAGCACAAACGAACAUUUUUGCUGCACAAACCAGCACAAACGAAGCACAAACGAAGCACAAACGAAACAGACUAUUUUGCUUAAAUUUUGCGGGGGGUGGGGGGCCAAGUUCACGCAGGUGAUAUCUUGCAUUCCAGUGGGUUUCAGUCGAUCCUCGGCACUGUGCAUGGCAGGGAAUGAAUACAUGACGACUGGCCGGCCUGAAGCUGUAUCACCGUUCGACCUUGGUCUUAUUUUGUAUGAGUUCCAUGUGUUCACAACUUCAUCCAGCUCAUCCUGCACAAGAGCAGCAUAGUUAAGUAUUUAAGUACAUUGUUAUUUUUUACUAUUCAAUUUAUUCAUUUCAACUUCAAAAACAUGAUGGGAGAGACAAAAUAUUUUACCUGCACAAGAUUAAGAAAGCAGAACUGGAUAAGACUUUUAUCCAGCAAAUCCCCUGUGUAGUGACCGCCCUCCUGAAGAGUUUGAAAUAAAUUAAUCCAGAACUGUGCGCUCUGUUUGCGAAGGAUGGACCACCACCCUUCAAUGCGCUGAUUGGCAGUACUUCUCCCGUAAAGAAAACUUUUCUCCCCAGCAAAAUUGUCAGAGUGGUUUUGUCGCAAAAACACUUGCAUCUGUUCAACACAACCAUCUUCUGUGCCCCUGUCUGCACGGUCCUCUCUGGACACCCACCAAUGCGCGAAACUGUUUUGAUCAAAUAACUUGCAAUCACCUUGGGAUCAUUGUUUGCGGUAUAGGCCUCUGCCCAUAACACAUACCGGCUAAACCCAUCAAUACAACCAUGGAUGCAAAUCCCAUAGGGUUUUAAUUUAUCAUAGCCAUCCAUGUGCCAAAGAGCAUUUGGACCUCUGCAGCUGUACUGGCUUCUUCUAAGGCGUUGUGCUCUUCUUAAUUCCACGCCGACUGGGUCAACCAAUUUUAUAAUUUGUCUUAUUGUAUCUUGUGAGACAACAAAUCCUUUUUGAAUCGCACGUAGAUGUAGCCAGCGAUAACCUUGCAUCUGGCCACAAGUCAGGAUUUCAUGCUGGACAAAAGCUAACACAUCUCCCAGGUCCGACUGAUUCUUUCUUCGGAACAGACCAAGUCUUUUACAAGUUCUCUUCAGAGUCCGAAUACUUAUAAUAGUCUGAGCAUUAUGUGCUAAACCUGCAAGUAUUUCCUUGUUGCUGAAUGCAAGUCUAAAGCAUAGCUUGAUUAAGUCAUCCAAAUCCAGCUUUUCAGGCACUGGUUCAGUUGCACCCUCCAUCAGUCACGUUAUCUGCACAACAAAGUAAAAACAAUUACAAUUUAUCAAACACAACAGUGGGCAUAUUGAAAACAUGACUAUGACAGUAUGCUUAUUAUAUAAAGUUGUUUUUAAUACUAAUACUCCUGGUACGAUGGCAGGUGUAACAUCACUAACCAAGUCUCAUCCAGUGAGUAAAUAAAGACGUGCGUGUGUGCAUGAUUAUACUUCAAAUGAUGUAACCUUGAAUUGUGGCGCGUAGAAUCAUCACUCUUAAACAACAGUGUGAUCAGUGUAUUGAGUUAAAUUUAAGGUGCAAUGAUAUUGCAGCCGGUCACAAUCAGCAAGGCAUAGUUUAUGCCGCGAAUCCCGGUGUUUUACCGGUGCUUUGUGACGUGUAUAUAUUUAUAAUCGUGCAUUACGUCAUCGCUUUAAUGAAACUGACUACUGAAUGCACAAAAAUACGCAUCAUGCUUCUCUACGUGUAAAUGCGGCGCGUCCCGUCAGGAGCUAUCAAUUAGCAACGGAGCAACAUGCUACACGGAGCCAGUUAUAUACGCAACAGUCACCAAAAUGAACACAAUGCUUUAUUUACUCACCCCCUGCUCCUCCAAGUGAGAAAUGAUGUCCUCCGGCAAU